CGCGCGGGCUACCCUAGUUCCCGGGCGUACGGCGCGGCCAUUUGUAGAGCCGCCGGCGCUGCCGCUGUCAUGGGUUUCCUGAAACUGAUUGAGAUCGAGAACUUUAAGUCGUACAAGGGUCGGCAGAUUAUCGGACCGUUUCAGAGGUUCACCGCCAUCAUUGGACCCAAUGGCUCUGGUAAGUCAAAUCUCAUGGAUGCGAUCAGCUUUGUAUUGGGUGAGAAAACCAGCAAUCUGCGAGUAAAGACCCUGAGGGACCUGAUCCAUGGAGCUCCUGUUGGCAAGCCAGCUGCCAAUCGGGCCUUUGUCAGCAUGGUUUACUCUGAGGAGGGUGCCGAGGACCGCACCUUUGCCCGUGUCAUUGUUGGGGGUUCUUCUGAGUACAAGAUCAACAACAAAGUGGUUCAGCUACAUGAGUACAGUGAGGAAUUAGAGAAGUUGGGCAUUCUCAUCAAAGCUCGUAACUUCCUCGUCUUCCAGGGUGCUGUGGAGUCUAUUGCCAUGAAAAACCCCAAAGAGAGGACAGCUCUAUUUGAAGAGAUCAGUCGCUCUGGGGAGCUGGCCCAAGAGUAUGACAAGCGAAAGAAGGAAAUGGUGAAGGCUGAAGAGGACACACAGUUUAAUUAUCAUCGCAAAAAAAAUAUUGCAGCUGAACGCAAGGAGGCAAAACAGGAGAAAGAAGAGGCUGACCGCUACCAGCGCCUGAAGGAUGAGGUGGUGCGAGCUCAGGUGCAGCUACAGCUCUUUAAGCUUUAUCACAAUGAAGUGGAGAUUGAAAAGCUCAAUAAAGAACUGGCCUCUAAGAACAAAGAGAUUGAGAAGGACAAGAAGCGUAUGGACAAGGUAGAGGAUGAGCUGAAGGAGAAGAAGAAGGAGCUGGGCAAAAUGAUGCGGGAGCAGCAGCAGAUUGAGAAGGAGAUCAAGGAGAAGGACUCAGAGCUGAACCAGAAGCGGCCUCAGUACAUCAAAGCCAAGGAGAAUACCUCCCACAAAAUCAAGAAGCUGGAAGCAGCCAAGAAGUCCUUACAGAAUGCUCAGAAGCAUUAUAAAAAGCGUAAAGGUGACAUGGAUGAGCUGGAAAAGGAGAUGCUGUCAGUAGAGAAAGCCCGGCAGGAGUUUGAGGAAAGGAUGGAAGAGGAGAGUCAGAGUCAGGGCAGAGACUUAACCUUGGAGGAGAAUCAAGUGAAGAAAUACCACCGGUUGAAAGAAGAAGCCAGCAAGAGAGCAGCUACCUUGGCCCAGGAGCUGGAGAAGUUCAAUCGAGAUCAGAAAGCUGACCAAGACCGGCUGGAUCUGGAAGAGCGGAAGAAAGUAGAGACAGAGGCCAAGAUCAAACAAAAGCUGCGGGAGAUUGAAGAGAAUCAGAAACGGAUUGAAAAACUAGAGGAAUACAUUACCACUAGCAAGCAGUCCCUAGAGGAGCAAAAGAAGUUAGAGGGGGAACUGACAGAGGAGGUGGAAAUGGCCAAGCGGCGUAUUGAUGAGAUCAAUAAGGAGCUGAACCAGGUGAUGGAGCAGCUAGGUGAUGCCCGUAUUGAUCGCCAGGAGAGCAGCCGCCAACAGCGGAAGGCAGAGAUUAUGGAAAGCAUCAAGCGUUUGUACCCUGGCUCUGUGUAUGGCCGCCUCAUUGACCUCUGUCAGCCCACACAAAAGAAGUAUCAGAUUGCCGUGACCAAGGUUUUGGGCAAGAACAUGGAUGCCAUUAUUGUGGACUCUGAAAAGACAGGCCGGGACUGUAUUCAGUAUAUCAAGGAACAGCGUGGGGAGCCUGAGACCUUCUUGCCUCUUGACUACCUGGAGGUGAAACCCACAGAUGAGAAGCUCCGGGAACUGAAGGGAGCCAAGCUGGUGAUUGACGUGAUUCGCUAUGAGCCACCCCACAUCAAAAAGGCCCUACAGUAUGCUUGUGGCAAUGCCCUUGUGUGUGACAAUGUAGAGGAUGCCCGCCGCAUUGCCUUUGGAGGCCACCAGCGUCACAAGACAGUGGCACUGGAUGGGACCCUCUUCCAGAAGUCAGGGGUGAUCUCUGGUGGGGCUAGUGACUUGAAGGCCAAGGCUCGGCGCUGGGAUGAGAAAGCGGUAGAUAAGUUGAAAGAGAAGAAGGAGCGGUUGACAGAGGAGCUGAAAGAGCAGAUGAAGGCAAAACGGAAAGAGGCAGAGCUACGUCAGGUGCAGUCUCAGGCCCAUGGACUGCAGAUGCGGCUCAAGUACUCACAGAGUGACCUGGAACAGACCAAGACAAGACAUCUAGCCCUGAAUCUGCAGGAAAAGUCCAAGCUGGAGAGUGAGCUGGCCAACUUUGGGCCUCGCAUUAAUGAUAUCAAGAGGAUCAUCCAGAGCCGGGAGAGGGAAAUGAAAGACUUGAAGGAGAAGAUGAACCAGGUAGAGGAUGAGGUGUUUGAAGAGUUUUGUCGGGAGAUUGGUGUGCGCAACAUCCGGGAGUUUGAGGAAGAGAAGGUGAAGCGGCAGAAUGAAAUUGCCAAGAAGCGUUUGGAGUUUGAGAAUCAGAAGACUCGUUUGGGCAUCCAGUUGGAUUUUGAAAAGAACCAAUUGAAAGAGGACCAGGAUAAAGUGCACAUGUGGGAGCAGACAGUGAAAAAGGAUGAAAAUGAGAUAGAAAAGCUCAAGAAGGAGGAGCAAAGACACAUGAAGAUCAUAGAUGAGACCAUGGCCCAGCUACAGGACCUGAAGAAUCAACACCUGGCCAAGAAGUCGGAGGUGAAUGACAAGAAUCAUGAGAUGGAGGAGAUUCGUAAGAAACUGGGGGGCGCCAACAAGGAAAUGACCCACUUACAGAAGGAGGUAACAGCCAUUGAGACCAAGCUUGAACAGAAACGCAGUGACCGCCACAACCUGCUACAGGCCUGCAAGAUGCAGGACAUCAAAUUGCCACUGUCUAAAGGCACUAUGGACGACAUUAGUCAGGAAGAGGGUAGCUCCCAGGGGGAAGAUUCAGUGAGUGGUUCUCAGCGAACUUCCAGUAUCUAUGCACGAGAGGCCCUCAUCGAGAUUGACUACGGUGACCUGUGUGAGGAUCUGAAGGAUGCCCAGGCCGAGGAGGAGAUCAAACAGGAGAUGAAUACACUGCAGCAGAAACUCAAUGAGCAGCAGAGUGUACUCCAGCGGAUUGCUGCCCCUAACAUGAAAGCCAUGGAAAAGUUGGAAAGUGUCCGAGACAAGUUCCAAGAGACCUCGGAUGAGUUUGAGGCAGCCCGAAAGCGAGCCAAGAAAGCCAAGCAGGCAUUUGAACAGAUCAAGAAAGAGCGCUUUGACCGCUUCAAUGCUUGUUUUGAAUCCGUGGCCACCAACAUUGAUGAGAUCUACAAGGCCCUAUCCCGCAACAGCAGUGCCCAGGCAUUCCUAGGCCCUGAGAACCCUGAGGAGCCCUACUUGGACGGCAUCAACUAUAAUUGCGUGGCUCCUGGCAAACGCUUCCGGCCAAUGGACAACUUGUCAGGGGGGGAGAAAACAGUGGCGGCUCUGGCCUUGCUUUUUGCCAUCCACAGCUACAAGCCAGCCCCCUUCUUCGUCCUGGAUGAGAUCGAUGCUGCCCUGGAUAACACCAACAUUGGCAAGGUGGCAAAUUACAUCAAGGAGCAGUCGACUUGCAACUUCCAGGCCAUCGUCAUCUCUCUCAAGGAGGAGUUCUACACCAAGGCUGAGAGCCUCAUUGGAGUCUACCCCGAGCAAGGGGACUGUGUGAUCAGCAAAGUCCUGACCUUCGACCUCACCAAGUACCCAGAUGCCAACCCCAACCCCAAUGAGCAGUAGCAGUAGUUCUGCCCUCCUGCCCUGUCUGGAUCCCUAAGCUGCCCCUCUCCCAAUCUCUGGAUACUUGGCCCCCAACUUUCCCCUACCUCCUGUCCCUGUUUGGUUUAGUCAUGGGAUUUAGGCACUGCUGUCAAGCAUGAAGAGGAACAGAGGUGAUGUUAGGUCUGGAGCAAAAAUUCCUGAGCUACAGGGAGCAUCCUGGCCUUUGGAAGGAGGUGCUGAGCUGAACUGAGCUGAACAGGGCCAUCUGUCCAUUCUUUCUUCCCUCCCCCUGCCCUGCCCCCUGCCUUCCCCUCCCCAGGCCCCCCUCCUGUCACCCAUAAUCAUGGGUCCCUUGGGCCUCUUGCAUCUUGCUUGUGUGUGGGUAUGUAUGUUUGUAUAUAUGUGUCUGCGUGUGUGCAUGUGGGUGUGUUAGCACAAUAAUAAAGAUUGGAGAUUCAUUUUAGAAGGAGCCUAGGCUGAAUUUGAUUCCAAGAGAGCUUAGUAUGACAGCACUCCAGAGCUGAACAGAGGUAUUCAGGACCUCAUAGGAAUCAGCCAUGUGAAACUGCCCUCAUUUCACUGAUUCGUGUUUUCAUUCGUGUGUUUAUCAGACAUAUAUCGAGUACUCUCUGUUUGUCAGGCUCUAUUCUCAAAAUACAGAGCUGAAUCAGACAUGAUCUCUACCCUCCUACUGAGGAGAUGCAGUGGGUUCAUGAUUUCUCAUAGCUGAAUUUUAUGUAUAGGUACUUUGAAUCUGAGAUGAGGAUGAUCACCUCCAGGCUUCCUGGAGAAGGUCAUAUUUGAGCUGAACCUUGACAAAUUGGUAGGAUUUGCUUGGGCACUAGGAGCAGAGCCUGGGCUCUGGGGACAGACAAUUGUGGGUUCUUGUCCUUUUUUUAAGUCACUUACUAAUUUGAUGUUGAGCAAGUCAUUUGACCUUUCUGUGCCUCAGUUUCCUCAUCUGUAAAAUGGGGCUAACAAUAUUACCUACCUCAUAGGAUUUAAUGAUGUCAAGCUCCUCACUGGGGGCCUUAUCCCGGCUUGGAGCCCACUAGGUGCCGACCCCUCAGAAUAUAAGCCUUCUCAUACCUAGUCCCCUGAAGGCUCUGAUCCCAAUUAUUAGGGACAGAAAGAGCCUCCAAAUCUGGAAGAUGCUGGAUGCCUAACUUAUUGAGGAAGUUCCAGGGCACCAGUGGGGUUUACCUGGUAAGUGAAGGACCUAAGGAAGCCUAUAGCUUCAAUCGUGUGUGGUAACCAGGUGCCUGGGCCCCAACCUGGGUUGUGAGGAAGUCGGGGAGAGGUAGCCUGAGUCAUAUCCCGGACAAAUGUGUGUGAAGUUCCUUUUGGGAACUAACCGUGUCAGCUGUAGGGACCAUGCAGAGGCAGCAGAGCCUGCUGCCAUGAGGUCAGCCUUUGCUCAUUCAUGUACACUUUAAGACCAUGACCUUGUCCUGAUUGUAUACUGCAUUUUUGUUUUUUAAAAGUUAGGUCAAUUCUGAUCACUUAAGUAAUGCAUGAAUCCAUUCUCUAAGACGUUAGAUUUAUAAAUAAAGGUAGUCUCAUUUGACUACCAUUCCCCAUCCCCACCUCUAAACUGCUGUUGUGUGUGUUGUACAUCCAUCUAGACUGUUUUAAGACUUUUACAUAUAUCAGUUGAUUGAAAAUUGUUGUAUAUUUAAUACAAAUGGCAUAUUGAGUCAUUCUACAAUUUGCUUUCUUCACUUAACAUUUUUGAGAUCUAUGCAUGUUUUUGCUAAAUGUAGAUUCAAUUCAUCCUUUGUAAUGGCUGUUUAGAGUGCCAUCAUAGGACUCUAUCACAUCUUACUCCUUUCUUUUGUGAUAGUUAAGACUUUUCUCUGUUUGCUAUUACGGAAUACUACACAGAAACAACGUGUGUGUGUGUGUGUGCGCGUGUGUGUAUGAGUUUACCUAGGGUUGCUUCCUAGGUUGAACUGCAGAGUCACAGGCUAUUUAUAUUUUUGUUUUAAAUAGAUACUUCCAAAUUGCCCUCCUGUACUAUUUACUCAAUAUUUUUCCUGAGGUUGUCUUAGGUGUAUAACAUUGUUACCUACUUCAGUUUCAUCCUAGGUAGUGAUACCCGUGAAACCAUGGGUUUGAUGUGCUAAUUACGUAUUUUUCUAAUACAUAUUAAAAGGCGUAACUCAAAUUUGUGUUCAACCAAAGAAGUCACAUACCUACUACCAGUGGUACAUGUGCUAUAGUUUAGGAAAUGCUGGCAUAUCUGAAAGAGCACAGACUGGAGUCACCCUUGUUCAAAUCCUAGCUGUAGAAACUUCAGCUCGUCACUUCACCUCCCUGAGUCUCAGUUUCCUUGCAUAGAAAAGAGGUCAUAUGUGCCUACUUUGCUGCAGUGUAGGCAAGAUGAAGUGAAAUAUGUUUGAAGUAAUUUGGCUGGCAAAUCACAGGCCUUUAAAGGUAGCAGUUGCUAUUCUCCCCACUUUACAGUUGAGGAAACUGAGGCCCAGGAAGGUUAGAUGACUCAGCUUCCAGAUAAUAGUAAGGGUUUGAACCCUGGCCCUCCGAUUCAGUCUUGUGCUUUCUCCACUGCGAGGAUGGUUAUCAACCUUGGCUGUGCACCGGAAUCUCUUGUGAAGCUUUUCCUUUUUCCUUUUUAAAAAUCAAAGCAAUAUAUACACUGAUGAGAAGGUGAAAUAGUACAGAAGGGCUUAUAAUAAAAAACAACUGUUCCCUGCUGCACCUCCACAUCCAAAAAGAUGUGGAGCUCCUUGCUCUGGUCCCACCUCUGAAAGUCUAAUUCAGUAGGUGUGGAUAAUAAUCUGGAUAAUAAUCCUUACCUCACAGGGUGGAAAGGAUUUGAAGACAUGCCUUGGGCUGAAGCCCUGGCCCACAGGAACACAAAUAUGACAAAGGACUUAGGUCCUGGGGAUCAGAUAGGUGAGAGGCCUUGUCCUACAGCCUAGUGGUUCAAUGGCAGAGCCUAGACUUAACCAGGAGGAUCCCUGUGCUUGCCCACUGUGCCACACUGCCUCCUGUCAUCACAAGGCAACGCGCUGAGUGAAGGCUGUACUCAGAUGAACGCCAACACCACAGUGUUGCCAAGAGUAGGCUGCAUCCAAAUAGAAUCUCUAGGGCUAGUUGGAGGGCACUAGGCUGACUCCCUUAUACUCUGGACCCAGUAGCCUUGGUCUAGGGAGUUGAAGAAAACUCCAUGGCAGUGUUUACCUUUAACUGGGCACUUCACUCUAGGAAUCACAUGUUGUGCGCCAGGGACACUAACAGGAGUCUAAUAUUUACCCCGCCUUUGAGGAGCUCACUAGUUGGGGGAGGCAAUUCAUAGAACAGCCUUUAACCAUACAGUGUGAUAGCGCUCUGAUGGGAGCAUUGAAAAAUGAGUGUCUAGCUUAAACAUAGAGGUUCAGGGAAGGUAUCUUCUAGUCUAGGAGAUGACACCUGAGCUGCGUCUCAAGAGACUGGUAGGAAUCACCCAGUUGAAGUAGAGGGAAUUUCCAGGUAACAGAGACAGUAUGCACAAAGACCUGAAGGCAAGAAAUGGCAAAACAGUUCUGAAAUCCUGAAACAAGGUUUCCUGAGGUGGGGAAGAACAGCAGGAAGUAAAGCUGGAGCCAGAUUUUUGAAGAGGGUAGUAAGAGCCCAGUGACAGAGUUCAGAUUUACUUCCUGGGGCAGUGUGGUUCCCAAACUGGCUGUGCGCCAGAGACUCAUGGAGCAUCCCAGACCCCAGCCUCUAAGCGUUCAAUUUCUGUAAUGGAUGGGGGCCUCAGGAUCUUGAGUGUUUAGAAAAGGCAGCACGUGACUGUAAGGUACAGCCAGGUUUGGGAACUGUAGCCUGUAGGCAGUGGGGGAGCCUCGGAAUGGUUUUAGGAGACUUUGGGUCAGAUGAGAAAUUAAUAAACCUUUUUCUGGUCAGCCAGUGUGGAAAUGGAUUAGGUCAGAUGUGCAUGCUGUAUGCUCCCAGACCUGUGGCUUCCCUGUUGCUCAACUAUUGGCUGUAUUGGCUUGUUUUGUCUCUGAAUAAACUAAAAGCACCACAAGGAUGGACCUGGGGUUAUCGUGCUACUGGUAUAUCCCCAGCAAAAAGCACAGUGCCUGACCCAAAACAGGCACCCAAUAGUUUUUGAGUGAGUGAAUGCGUGAAUGAAUGCACUUGUCAGGGAAAGAAUGGAGACAGGGAGAUCAGUUAGGAAACUAUUGAGAAGACUAGGAGGACUACUCAAGUGCAAGGGCAGUGAGAAUGGGUUGGAGGCAAUAAAAGUGAGCUAUAAAGGGAAGAUGAUGAGCCAGACUUGGUGACUGAUUAUUGGAUGUGGAGAGUGACUGAAAGGAUAAAUGAAUGUCCAUCAGUAGCCCACAUUCCUUACCCUAUCCCAGUCAUUCUUCUCUUUCCUCAUCCAUCUAAGUCAGAAUCUCCUUCUAGCCUCAGCAACUGGAACUCCUCCCCCAAGUUAGUUAAACAUUCUGUGUGCUAUGUGGUCCGCCCCCCACCCCAAUCUCCCAGCCAUUGAUUCAUUCAUCCAAUUCAAUAAAUCUUGGCUAAGCACCUCCUGUAUGCAGUGAGGCUCUUCCAAGCCAGGACUCUGACUCCCUCUUUCCUACCUCAAGAGAUGUUUUUGAGGGCUUCCCCAGGUAAGACUCCCAUCCCUUAGACUGUAACCUAAAAUGAGAUGCCCAGAUGUCAGACCUGUAAGGGAACUUACAGACUUUGUCCAACUCCCUCCUGAGGCCCUGGGAGGGGAAGGAGCCUGCCCAAGGUCCCAUUACUAGAAACUGUCAGAGCCAGAACUGGAACCUAAGUUUCUUUUCCACAUCACCCCUAGAGUCUUGAUCUCUCCCAUCACAGAUCAGGACAAGCAGAGGUGGCCAGGGAGAAGGUGGGACUUAGGUUGGCCUUGAAGGUCAGUGUACUGGACAGGCUGAACAAGAAGCUUGCCAAUUGCACUGCCCCCUUCUGGAAAUACUCAGCAAACCUGCCAUGCCCACAGUCCCUUCUAAGGGGUUUCUUAAGCAUGACUUGCCAUGCUCUGUACCAUGUGACCUCACAGUCCUGGCCACAGAUGUUUAGUUUGGGAUGAUAUCUGACUCAAGGACAACCAAUCUCUAGGCCGCAGCCUAUGAAGUGGACUGAUGUAAGAACUCCACCUCAUAGGGAUGGCCUUUAUCAAAUGGCCUCCAGGGAGGCUAGAUGUGAGGCAUUCAGAAGUGAACAGUUAAUUAGAAUUUAGUGAGAAAGAAGUGGUGGUGGAUGAGGGGUGCCGGAAGCGAAACAGCAAAAGCAAGGAGAAAGCUUCAGGGACCAUAGACAUUUAUUAUCAUGAGAACAUGGGGCCGCAAGGUAGCAGAAGCCAUGAAGCAGCAAGACAACAAUGGGCCAAAAGGACAAAGAAGCCAUGAAGCAAUAGGAGCCACAAUGUAGCAGGAGCCACGAGGAACAGAAACCAUGAAGCAGAACCCUGAAUCUGAGAUCCACAAAGCAGCAGAAGGCUGGACAAGAUCCAUGAGGCAACAGAAGCAAUGAGACUCUAAGAGCCACAAGGUAGCCAGGCAGCAGGAAUCGAAGAGGCUGCAGGAUUUACAAGGCAAGUAGAAGCUACGACACAGAAGCCCUGGAUUCAUUGAAACUGAAGCCCUAGAAGCCAGGAAGCUGCGGGAGCCAGGAGGCCCAGAAGCUGCGAGGCCUCCGAAGGCCAAGAGCUAGAGAGGAGGGGAGCAGAGUUAAAAAAAAAAAAAAAAAGGUAGUCAGUAGCAGUAGGAGGAGUAUAAAUACAGCCAGAAAGAAGUUUGAGUCACCAUUUUGGGAAGCACUAGAGAAGGGAGCAACAGAUGCCUGCAGCUGAGGGGGUGAUGAGAUAAGCCAGGCUCUAGAGCUGCUUUGGAUCAUGAACCAUUUUUGAGUUUCUGUUCCUCCAUGAGGCUGCCUGUGUAGCUGUUUUUGUCUUCCUUAUUUCCCUGUGAAUGCUUCAAUAAAUCUCCAUCACUAACCUGA